AUGAGUGCAUUGUCAUCGACAGCUGAACUCAUUGCACACAUGGCAAGUGCUACCGUUAAUGAUGCCAUCAACGACGUGACCACUGUCCCUCCAACUUCCGAGACUUUCAUCCAGCUUCUGUCAAACUCCAUCAUAUUAGCCAAAGAUGUGUCUGCCCAUGCAAGUGCCUUGCCUCCUACCACUGUCGACUCGUGCAGCGCAGUCACAAACCUUGAUGCAGACACCUCGACAGCACCUAAUAAGACCGUGGCAAAGAAAAAGGACCCCAAUGCAAUGAAGGAGGUGCAUGGUAGGACAACUGCAAAGAGUCUAUGCGCUAUUGAUUGGGUUGCCUCCAACCCAGGCGGCACAAAUGCAGCAUUUGAGAAUUAUUGGCGAAAGCUCGGCAAGGACGAGAAAAAGACGUAUCAGGAUAAGCUUGCGCUCACGCGAACAGCAAGAGCUUGCACUGUUGCGUCGCCUAGUACUAUCACUGGCAGCGAGGUAGGAACGGCAGCGGACUCGAUGGUAUUGGCGCCACUCUAG